CCUCUGUCCACCUGAGUCAGCAUCAUUCCUUCUUGUGCCAAAACAUGCUGGCCCGCUCCACCUCAACGCACCGCCGAUACCUCUCUGCGAACUCACUCAGCCACCUCACCAAGGCGACGCUCUCCCGCGACACACCCCCACCCCCACACUCCCCCAUAUGCCGGUACAACGGCCUCAAAAAGAGCUUCUUGCCCCUCUGGUCGUACCGCGGUGCGUCGAACUGGGCCACGCCGUCAGCAAGGGGGUUGUCGGGGUGCCGGUCUGUUGCGAAGAUGCUGGCCUUGGCCUUGUUGUCGUCGAGCUGGCGACAGGAGCUGAAGCCGGCCUUGUCGUGUAUGUCGGUGAUACGCACAUCCACCCGUGUGUCUUCAUCGCGGCGACGGCGGGACCGCUCCACGUCGACCAUCACCACAGCAGACGGGGAUGAACCUGCGACCACGCACCCACAUACACACAGACACACACGAGACACAUAGAGCUGCAUCGAAUGCGAGAACUCUCUCCUCACCAUGUCCAAAAGUCCACGAGGCGGUGUCGUGCCACCACGCCAGCUCGGUGACGCCGGAGAGGUCGUCCAGGUGCUCUGUCAGCUGCUGCACGGGGCCAGGUGUGCUGUAGGGUGGGCUGAUGCACAGCUUGAUGUGUGUCUUGGUCGAGCUGUCGCACGAGGGGUCGCGUCGGGCGAUGCUGGCGCGGUAGGUCUUGGUCACCUUCCUGGGGUGCGAUGGGCCAUGGUAGGCACUCCCCCCCACUCCUGAGCCGGUCUGCGGGAGGAUCCAGGCAUCCCACGGCCCCGCAGCCGCCAGCCAAAAGUACCAGGAUGGCUGUGGACCCGCCACACGCAGAUGCUGUCGCGUGAUCAUCACGGGCAGCGUGACGUCACCGGCGUGCUGUAGCACCGACAGGAGGUGGGCGUACGGCUGCCAGAGGCUCUCGCCGUGGGGUGCGAUGGCGUAGAGGACGGCCCGGAUGUUGGCGUCCGUCAGGCCAGCUAUGUCGUACUGCACGGGCAGAUGAGUGGGAUGCCUGGCGCGGAGCUGCUGCACCAUGCUGCAGCAACAAAGACAGGCAGCCGGGAAGAUGAUGCACGGUGAGACUCAGUGUUGUUCCCUCUUUCCUCGUGGCGUCCGUACCAUGGUCUGUCCAUGAUUUUGGAGCAGUAUGGCGCGUUGCAUGACCUCAGUGCUGCGAUGCUGAUGACGGGCAGGAAGCGCAGCACGACAUACUUGACGCCUCCGCUGCCCUCCUCAAGCAACGCCGAAAGCGACACAGACGCACCUGCACCAAUUAAGUCAUGACAGACAACGCCCAUGGAUGGAUGGAUGGAUGGAUUGCCUUCCUUUGCAACAAAGGCGUUCGGCUCUCACCUGCAAUGGUGGUCUUGAUGAAAGUGCUAGAAUUGCCCUGCAUCUCCCCCUCUGGAGGUCUGAGGACGUCUACGGCAUCGGAAUAGUACCAAAGAGACUGAUCUGCGUAAGAGGCCCGCCCCUGUUGUACACCUCUCCCAUGAUCAGCUGCCGACUCCGCUGCCGUGGCGGGGCUGGCUGCUGGGACGGCUCUCACCUCAUCAAGGGCGAAAGACAGUGCCGCGUUGAAGAGCGACGGCUUGCGGCUUGGCUUGCGGCCGUCCCCCACCGCUUUACUGACCUGCUCACGCACUCUCUCUCCGGCUACUAGUUGACCCCAUCCGUCAAUGAUGGAAUGCAUACUUUGAU